GUUGAACACAGUUCACAUAACUUUACGCAUAAUAUAAAUGCUCUGUUACACUGAAAUGUAGUGUGGACUUUAAAAAAAAAUCAGCGUCAAACUCUGGGGAAAUCCGUGAUCGUGAUGUCACUGUGUGCAGGCAGGCGGGAGGCGGAUCUGAAGGAGGACGGUUCAACUAACUCCACGGCGUGUCUGAGCAAAAUGUAACAUGGAUGAGGAGGUCGCUGAAAGUUGGGAAGAAGCUGCUGAUAGUGGGGAAAUGGAAAAACGGUUGGAAGAGAAGCUAAGGAUCAGCCAGAAAGAAAAGGAUUCCAGCAAUUCUUCCAGAUCUCUGAAGAAAACCAUGGUAAUACAGGACGACUCCUUACCAGCAGCACCUCCACCCCAGAUACGCAUUUUGAAGCGGCCUGCGAGUAACGGUUCUCUGACCUCGGGCCUGAAUCAGAACAGGCCUACACCGCAGGUCAAAUCCCUGGCCCAGAGAGAAGCAGAGUAUGCUGAGGCCAGGAAGAGAAUACUGGGCAGUGCUUGCCCAGAGGAGACGCCUCAGGAUAAGCCCAACAUAGACAGACCAGGGCACAAUAACUCUACACUGCCUUCAGAGGACACCAGAUCAAACAGUCACACUGUCCGGCAGCCAGCCGGCCCAGACGGCACCCAAGGGUUCCGACAGCACAGAUAAGUGCACCUAGAGGGCCGCCCAGCCCCUGAGGGAGAGGGAUAAAGGGUCCCCUGAGAGCAAAUGCAGUACUGUAUUCUUAAAAACUUCUUCCUUCAGUUCCCACAUACACGGGGAGCUAUAAGUAAAGCAUCCUCCCUGUCGGCCUCUUUCACAGCCGUCUAAGACCGACAGGGAGCGAGGAACUCCAGGAAGAAGUCCAAUGAAAACGUGCUCUCAUCUCUCCCCACUUCAAUCUGUUUGGCACUGUGAUUAUGGACAUCUUCUGGACUCACUGUGAUGUUCCCCUUUAAGAAAAGCCCCUCACCUCCAUCUGUCUCCCCUCCGGUUCUAAGUGGCUUCGUCAGAGGAUGCCAAAAGGACAAACAGAAAGACUUAAACAGAGGAGGAAAAAUGAGGGGCCAUGUCAAAAUGAGAUGAGCUGGUACUUGUGCAGCAGCUUUCUCCCAGCAAUAAGACGUCACCUUUUUGUGUUUUUAAUUUUCAGAUGUUGGCUCACUAAAUUUUAAUCUCAUCUUUCUCUCGCUUGUCUUUAUCAAAUCUAGGGUUGUUCUGAUAUCUAACAGGUAAAAGUAUGUCUCUCUCACACACACACACCACAAGAAUCUGUUUAGAGCAGCUUUUUAUAUUGAGUUUGUUUUUUAAAAUAAACUUAGCAUUUGCGGUUUUUAAGAAAUAGGAAAUAUGUUUUUCACCUUUAUUUGGUGGCAAAAUCUGACAAUAUGUUGGGUUCUUUGUAUGGUUUAAACACCUGGAACUGCAGCUGGUGUCUAAAAUGCACACACUGCUAAUGAGUACUUGACUGAGAUUUUAGAUUUAUCAGGAUACCACCUAAUAUGUAAAUUGCCAUUUGUUUCUUAAAACAGGGGUUAGGAUUUAUGUGUGUGAAGUUGUAUAUCUGACAAGGUAUGUUUACGUUGUUUUUUUGAUUUUUUUUUAAAGCUUUCUGGCUGUCUUCCUUAGACUGUCAUUUCAUUUCUAUUUAAAAGUAAAGGCAAAAAAGAUGAGAUGUUGGAUUUAAGUCCAUUUUAAGUAGCUUUGCUGCAGUUUUUUCUUUAACAAGAGGGCAGCAAUGUCAGAGCAGUAUUUUUAACUAAAAAAGAACCAAAAGCCCUUUUUUAAAAAACAAAAACUAACAAAGAAAACCCUAAAAAUCAUUAUUUGAAGGUGAUGUUGGCAGCAAUUUAAAGAAGGGUCAGAUGGUGAAUUUACUGCUGUACCUCUCGAGCCUCACUGUCUUAACUCCACCUUGUUGGCGGCGUGCUUCUUUUCUUCACACACACCGCGCUGAAGUACAGCAUGUAGGAACUCAGGUCAAGUGAAUGAGGCUGAAUGAAUGAAUAAGAUUGUAUUUUUCCAGCAGGGUUGAUUGCUCAUACAGCUAAUGUCCGUAUUUAAGCUUGGGUUGGCACUUAGAAACCAUGCUCUAUAAAAUGCAAUGUAACUGAAAUGAUGUCUAUGCCCCAAGGUGUAUGAAUGUUGGGUGUGUUUUGUUUUUUUUUCCACCGUCAGCAUUUUAGUCACAAUGGUGAGUGAUGGUCCACUGCUUAAAUGGAGCAGCUAGAUGCAAUCCGAAGAGCAGUUGCCUGUGUGGCUUUCAAAGACCAUUGUGUUCAAUAGAUUUUUUUUUUUUUUUUUUUUUUUUUUUU